UCUUUUCAUAUUAUUUUGGUUUUUUGACUGUACAACAAAUGCUAGUGAAGGAGUUCCGCGUUCCCCUCCCGAUUUCCGUUGAGGAGUACCAAGUUGCCCAGCUGUACGCUGUCGCCGAGGCCAGCAAGAACGAGACCGGCGGUGGUGACGGUAUCGAGGUGCUCAAGAACGAGCCGUACGACGAUCCCUCCCUGCCCGGCGGCAAGGGCCAGUACACUCACAAGAUUUACCACUUGGCAAGCAAGGUUCCCCGAUUCAUCAAGGCGAUCGCGCCAAAGGGCUCGCUCGAAAUCCACGAGAAGGCCUGGAAUGCCUACCCGUACUGCAAAACCGUCUUGAGCAACCCGGACUACAUGAAGGACAACUUUUCCCUCACCAUCGAGACCUGGCACAAGCCUGGCCAGCCCACCAUCGACAAUGUUCACCAACUGCCACUGGACCAGUGGAAGAAGGUCGAGGUUGUUCAGAUUGACAUUGUGAACGACCCCGUCGAGCGCAAGGAUUACAAGGAGUCGGAAGACCCUGCCCUUUUCAAGUCGACCAAGACUGGCCGCGGCCAGCUUGCUGCCAACUGGAAGUCAACCGCCGAGCCUCUCAUGACCGCCUACAAGCUUGUCUCCAUGGAGUUCAAGUGGUGGGGCUUGCAAUCUCGAGUGGAGAGCAUGACCAUGAAGACUGAGCGCAAAAUUUUCCACAACUUCCACCGACAGCUUUUCUGCUGGAUGGAUCACUGGUACGGCUUGACGAUGGCCGACAUCCGAGCUCUCGAGGACAAGACCAAGCACGACCUCGACGAGGCACGCCAACACGGCGAGGUUAAAGGCACCGCCAUGCACGACGAGUAAAACCCCCCCAAAAAAACUCGACAGUGUUUUGUUGUCUGCCUGUACUUUUUCUGAUAACGCCCUAAAGUGUCGAGUCUCCAAGACUCCACUCUAUUCUCCCCCCCCCCGCUCCCCACUUCCACGUCCCUCUGCCUUGUUUGUACCUGUUCAUUCGCUUUCUGUUGACAAAAACAAAAUAAUACGUUUUUCCUGAACAACCCAAUAGCGACCCAAUAGCAACCUAGCC